AUGUUUUCCUCAUUCUAUCGAGUUUUGUGUCAAACUGGUGAUAAGAUUCUUUAUCCAUGGUUGCCAUCGUUUGCCAAAGGCUUGUGGAAUCAUGAAGCAGGGCCUAAAACGAUAUUCUUUUGGGCACCAACCAUUAAAUGGUGUUUGGUGAUAGCCGGUGUUGCUGAUUUGAGAAGACCUGCAGAGAAACUUAGCACUUCUCAGAAUAUGGCAUUAUUUUUCACUGGACUAAUAUGGACGCGCUAUAGUUUCGCUAUCCGACCAAUUAAUUACAAUUUAGCAAGUGUUAAUUUCUUUGUCAGUACUAUCGGUUUAUAUCAAUUGUCGAGAAAAUUCAAAUACGAAAUGUCACAAAAACAGUUAUUAUCAGGACGAAUUCAGCCAUAG